CACAAGUAUUCCAUUACUUCUCUGUCAACUAAUUGUAAUUCCUUAAUUUAAAAGGCAAUUAGUGUGUAGAAAUUGGCUUUUCAAAAUGCUUUCAUUACCGAAAGAGUACGAGUACUCCAAUCCGGUGGCCGUUUGCCAUAAAUCCGAUUUGCAGGAUCACGAGAUGAGGCAGGUGAUACUCAAUGGGCGCACCCAUAUCCUCUUGGUCAAGCAGAACGACAUCCUGCGAGCAGUGGGCGGCAUUUGUCCCCAUCGUGGGGUUUUAUUGUCCAAGGGUAUCUUGUCCAGAAAUCGCGUUCGAUGUCCUUGGCACGGGGCAUGCUUUAACCUGGAAACUGGCGACAUUGAGAACUUUCCUGGCCUUGAUUCGCUGCCCUGUCACCAAGUGGACGUCGACUCCAGAGGUCAGGUGCUGGUGCGCGUUAAACGAUCUGAUUGGGAGCACCAGAGGAUCAAGAAGAUGGUAAGGCUUAACUGGCGGGACCAAAGAUGCUUUGUGGUAGUGGGUGGCGGUCCUUCGGGGGCUGUCUGUGUGGAAACCCUGCGGCAGGAGGGCUUCACUGGACGCCUGAUCCUCGUCUGCCGGGAGAAACAUCUACCCUACGAUCGGAUAGAGAUCAUGAACUCCUCAAAUAUGACAUCCAAUCAGUUGUGUUUGCGGGACGAGAAGUUUUACAGGCACUACGACAUAGAGGUUUGCCUGGGAGUCUCCGCUGAAAAACUAGAUACAUUUCGCAGCACUCUUCGUUGCAGCAAUGACAAGAUUUUACUUUAUGACAAUAUCUAAGCAACUGGUUAUUCAGCCAUAAGGCCAGAUAUACCCGGAGUGCACUUAAAAAAUGUAAAAACUAUUCGUGAUAUUGACGGCAGGAGCAUACUCGAGAUGGUGGAUAAAACCACGCAAGUAGUGUGCCUGGGUUCCAGUUUCAUGGCUGUGGAGGCUGCUGCCAAUCUGGUUUCCAAGGCGGGCAGUGUUACCCUGGUAGCCCGACAAAAUGUACCAUUUAAAAGCACUUUGGGUGAGGUGAUUGGAAAGCGUAUACUACAACUCCUAGAGGCGAAUAAUGUAAAGCUACGAAUGAGCAGUGGUAUCUCCCAGAUCCUAGGAAACUCCCACGAUGAGAUAACAGAAGUAGAACUUCCAGAUAAGUCGCGAAUUCCAUGCAAUUUACUUAUUCUGGGCACUGGUUGCCAAUGCAACACGGACUUUCUCCGAAAUUCUGGUGUAAAAGUGAAUCCCAAUGGUUCGGUGGAUGUCAAUGACUUUCUGCAGACAAACAUACGCAAUGUUUAUGUGGGUGGUGAUAUAGCCAACGCGCAUAUCUUAGGUGGAGUCACCGAACGUGUUAAAAUAAGCCAUUAUGGAUUGGCCCAAUACCAUGGACGGAUUGCUGCACUGAACAUGUGUGGUCGCAUCGCUAAACUGGAGGCCAUACCCUUUUUCUAUACCGUGAUCUUCGGAAAGGCCUUCCGCUCCGCCGGGUAUGGAUCCUACAAAGACGUCAUCAUCGACGGAAGCCUCGUGGAUCUACAGUUCGUAGCCUAUUUCGUGAACGAUGGGGAUGUGGUGACGUCAGUGGCCUCCUGUGGUCGGGAUCCCAUUGUGGCCCAGUUUGCCGAACUGAUAUCGCAGCACAAAGGACUUUGCCGGUGUCAGAUUAGCAAAUUUACGAAUCCUGAAAGUACAACCUUAUAA